AUGUUAUGUGGCGGUUCAGCUGUGGUGUCAAGCAGAAGCAAAGCAGAGGUGGUGUGGCGUGGCGUGGCUUGGUGCGGUUCAGUGGGAUUCCGUUGUAACUUGCGAGUGUUGGAAGCUCCUUUCGCAGCACUAUUUUCUUCCUCAAAGCCUCACAACACUAAUUUCCCUCCCAACAUUCACACGUUUUCCUCUAAACCCAUCUUUCUCACCCUUCGCAAUACCCACCCUCAUCCUUGUGCCGCAAAUGCUUCUCCUCCUCAAGACCCGGACCCGGGCUCAGAGCCCCCACCUGACCCGACCCGUGACCGCCGGAGAAUCGUCCGGGUCGCCUGGGAGAAAAUCGUGCGUUGGUCCAGGUCUUGGCGUUCGAAGGCCAACACUGACAUCCUCCAACGCACCAAUAAGGUGGUUGUACUUGGAGGGGGUUCCUUUGGGACGGCAAUGGCUGCACAUGUGGCUAACAGAAAGGCUGAGUUAGAGGUGAAUAUGCUGGUUCGGGACCCUCAAGUUUGCUUGUCUAUCAAUGAGAACCAUUUUAAUUGUAAGUACUUUCCAUAUCAUAGACUGCCAGAAAAUGUAGUUGCCACGACCGAUGCCAAAUCUGCUUUGCUUGGUGCUGAUUACUGCCUCCAUGCUGUGCCUGUUCAGUUCAGUGCAUCUUUUCUCGAGAGUGUUGCAGAGUAUGUUGAUCCUGGCUUGCCAUUCAUAUCCCUCAGUAAAGGCCUAGAACUGAAUACACUGAGGAUGAUGGCUCAGAUUAUUCCUCAAGCACUACGAAAUCCUCGCCAGCCUUUUGUUGCACUGUCAGGGCCUUCUUUUGCUCUGGAAUUGAUGGAUAAGCUACCCACAGCAAUGGUGGUGGCGUCAAAAGACAAAAAAUUGGCAAAUUCAGUUCAGCAAUUACUAGCUUCAAGUCAUUUAAGAAUCAGCACAUCAAGUGAUGUUACAGGAGUUGAAAUAGCAGGUGCACUCAAGAACGUGCUUGCAAUAGCAGCUGGGAUAGUAGAAGGUAUGAAUCUUGGUAACAACUCAAUGGCUGCUCUUGUCUCGCAGGGAUGUUCAGAGAUACGGUGGCUUGCAACAAAGAUGGGUGCAAAGCCAACUACAAUAACUGGCCUUUCAGGAACUGGAGACAUAAUGCUUACAUGUUUCGUGAAUCUUUCAAGAAACAGAACAGUUGGUGUGCGGCUUGGAUCAGGUGAGAAGCUUGAGAACAUACUCAGUUCCAUGAAUCAGGUAGCAGAAGGUGUCUCCACGGCCGGAGCUGUGAUUGCUUUGGCACAGAAAUAUAAUGUAAAGAUGCCAGUCUUGACAGCAGUUGCUCGUAUUAUUGACAAUGAACUUACUCCUAAGAAAGCUGUUUUUGAGUUAAUGAGCCUCCCUCAGGUUGAAGAAGUAUGA